UAUUUGAUUAGCUACGUCACACAUCAAACAGACCUUGCAUGACCUACCCGUUGCGACACACUAACGCGAUACACUAAGUAGAAACACGCAAGGUAGAACUCAACUCAAAAAACCGCAGUAACAAAAGGGUUAAUAAAGGAAAUUAAAAACAAAAUAGAAAAUAAAAACAAGAUGCUUUUCAAUAUUCUAGGACUCCUUCUUUUAUUUAGAGCUACCUUCGCCCAAACAACACCAGACUGUAACACGCAAGAACAACUUUGUAUGGAAACCUACAGCAGCAACCUACAGCAACAUGGCGACAACAUCACACAUGUCUGCAGCGGUCUGAAAGAUUUUGUUGCAUGUGUCAACACUAUCACAUGCAGGACGGAGGAAUAUAAAAAACAAAUAAUACAGCAGGGGAAGAUGAUACUAAGUGUACCGUGUCCUUGUUUUGAAAGCCAGGACCAAUGUUUGUCAACAUUCGUCGCUAGAGUAUACCCACACGCCAACAACCAGACAUUAGUCUGUAGAGACGUGAGCGACUAUGAGAAAUGUUUAACUGGACUCAACUGUUUGUCGCAGGCAGAGAUAAAGAAUUUGGUCAACCAAACUCAGCAGCUGGUGUUGAAGGGGACAGUUUGUGCUGCUCAACCAGCUUGCGAUCUAGAAUUCCAGUGUUUAAACACUUUGAGUGAAAACUUUGCAUCACACGGAGAAGACCAGGCAUUAGUUUGCAGAGAUACCCAAGCUUUUAUUUCCUGUAUCAACAAUAUCAACUGUAAAACUGAAACGGAGAAAUCCUUGUUGAUUAAACAGGGCAGAAGUCUUUUGGGCUUUCCAUGUCCUUGCUUGGAUGGUCAAGACAAAUGUUCCUCAACGUUUGCUACCGCCGUAUACCCCCACCUAAAUAACCAGACAUUAGCUUGUAGAGACGUGAGCGACUAUGAGAAAUGUUUAACUGGACUCAACUGUUUGUCGCAGACAGAGAUAAAGAAUUUGGUCAACAAAACUCAGAAGUUGGCUCUAGGGGGGAUCAUCUGUGAGACGACAACACCAUCAACAGCAUCAACCACAACAACAACACCAUCAACUACAACACCGUCAACAACAUCAACCACCGCACCGGCAACAGCAUCAACCACAAGAACAACAGCAUCAACCACAGCAACAACAGCCACCACAAAGUCUCCAGGAACUACAACUAAAUCUUCUGGAACAGCAUGCGGCACGGGUCCCCAGCUGUGCCAAUCAAAGUUCGUUCAGGCUUUCAUGUCCCACGUGACAACACCCCAGCUAAUGUGCACAGACCUUAAAGAUGUGGAACUUUGUCUGCGUGCUCUGGGAUGUCUGAGCGAGACAGAGCUACGAACCAUACUGGACCAAAACAAAAAUCAGCUGAUUGUUGGGGGCGUUUUGUGUGGAGCUGAUGGUAACGUGACAAUCGUAAGAAAUACACCACCACCAACAACCCCGUCAACUUUAGCAUGCAGCACGAAGAAAAACAACUGCGUGGCUAACUACGUCAUGACUACUCUAUACGACGGUUACAGUAACUCUUUAGUGUGCAAAGCCCUGGUUGUACUGGCCGAGUGUAUGGUCAACUUGGACUGUCUGAGUGUUGACGUCAUGCAGGCUGAGCUAGACAGCAACUAUCAGGAUCGGAAGAACGGUGGCUAUACUUGUGAUUAUGUCACAGUUCCAAAGAAAACAAUAACUACAACAACUAUCCAGGUUGACAAAACUACAACACCAGCCACUUUAACAACAACAGCCCCAUCAAGUUUGUCGUGUAAAGUCGACACAGAUACCUGCUCUGUGACGUUCCAGAAAAGUUUUUUUACCCACACGUCAAGUCCUCAGCUUUUAUGUGGUGAUCUGAGCACGUUUGAAGGAUGUCUGAGAUCAGCGUCGUGUCUGAGCGACCCCGAGCUGAAGAGUUUGGUGGGGCAGAGGCGGCAACAGGUGUUGGGCGUUGGCGUCAACUGUGGUGGUGUGCCAAUUAGUGCAGCAGCAUGCCAGCGACUGGAAGAGACCUGUCUAAACAAGUUUAUCUUAGAGACGUAUCAAGUCGGAUACAGCAACGAUCUGGUCUGUGGAGCCCUGUUUACAUUCGCCCAAUGUCUAGUGGACAUGGACUGUAGAUCUGACCAAAACAUCACAGCCAGCAUUAGAGAGCAGCAGCAGGAUCUAGUGACCAGGAAUUUCAAAUGUGCUAACUUCUCCCUACCGCCACGUAGUUUAACUUUGGCCCCAUCAACAAGUUCAGUUGCCACUUCAGUAACGACAACUCCAUAUUAUGUCAAUACUGCACUACCAAAUGACGAUUGUACAAGAAGUAUUUCAGCAUGUCUAUCCAAUUAUUCCAACGGCGUCUUGCUACACGACAACAACAACAGCCUCAUCUGUAGAGAUCUGACGUCUUUGAGAACCUGUCUGAGUGCGGUGAACUCAUCUUGUAUAAACACAACACGCAUUGAACUGUUGGUUGAUCAGAGCCAGCUGAGUCUAGAGAUGAAGGGAUUCACGUGUGGGGAAUCGAAAAGGUCUACAACUCCAGCUGCACCAGUCAAUAUUCAAAACCCCUGCAAGACAGGUGUUCAAACAUGCUUCAACAGAUUCCAGACUGCCCUUAUAAACCUGAACAGCGUGUCUCUCAUUUGCGACUACACCAACGUAUAUCUCCAGUGUAUAUUCAACCUGAAUGGGUGUGGCUACAGCACCACCUACAGAGCCGCCAUCAUCGAUCAGACACGUGAUCAGCUCAAGGCCAGUAACAUCAAUUGCCCUUUCCUUUCACAAGAUAGUGGAGCUAAGAAUGUUUAUUACAACAGCCAGCAAUCAAGCCUGAUGUGUAGCCGGUCUAAUUUAAUGAUUAUUGCCUUUGGAGUUCUCAUAAAAUUAAUCUCAAUCUUGUGAUCAACACCUAAUUAUUUCUUUGCUGCUUUUGGUCUUUCUCGUUAAAAUUAUUUAAAAUUUUGUGAUAGCAAAAAAUAUUGUUUACAUUAAAAAUGUUUGGUUGAUU